CUCCUUUGUGUCACAGACACCAACUGUCUAUCACCUAUAAUCCAGUUUUGAGAUCCCUUCUCAGGUGCCUUAAUGCUCACUCACAUCUUGUGUCAGUUGAUCUCAGUAAGUCACAUGAUAGGGUGAGGCAAGGUCUCACAGUGGUUUCACCUGAAAACUCUGUUGAUAAUAAUGACCCACACUCUUUUUCAAACCUUGGCACAUGUGAUGAGGAACAUGAUCAAUAAUAGGUCAACAACCCCCUUGAAGGAAAACUCCCACUAGCGCUUAAAAACCUGGGAGUCUCCAUCAUUUGGUCUCAGACUUGAAGAAGCUUCUUGGAUGAGAGACAAAAUGUCUUCAAGAAAUUUAAAAUAGUCCUAUGGUUUUUCUUUCCAAGCUCCUCAGAUUACCAUGACCCGGACCUAUACAGUUAUGUAAAAUACAUGUUUCAGCAAAGAUAAGUCUGUGUUCUUUGUGGUUUAAUGUAAUAAAAUAAUUGUCUUGCUCAGAGUGUUUUAGCUAUAAAGAGGCAGGCUUUUGGCCUCAUACUUUUUUUCCUCUCUUCUGUGUCCAAUGAAAUACUCACAUGGUUUUUAUUUCCUCUACAAAGAAUGUCAGAUAUUUUUGACUUUGGGUUCUGAAUUUGUUUUAAAGCUGUACAUGAAGCAGCACAACUAGUGGAUAACUACUUAUGUAUAAUGCUGCAAAGAAGAAUCACAUCCAUAUCAUUCGUCAUUUAAACUAGUUGCGUAAAGAAGAUGAAGCCAUAUGUUUUUGCCAUAACCUUCUGCCUCAUGGCUCCUGUGGGCUACAGUCAGCUUUUUGGUCCUCCUGGUCCUAAAGGCCCACCUGGGUCACCUGGAGAACCCGGGGCAGCUGGAGAACCUGGAGAACAAGGACCAAAAGGCUUGAAAGGGGAACGGGGUGCACGAGGGCCUCCAGGACCACAUGGAUUUCCAGGACCUUCUGGGCGAAUCGGCAAACCUGGACUACCCGGCCCACCUGGAACUAUUAUAAUGUGUGGACGAGAUCCUAUUGGCUCUUUUUACAGCGAUACUGAAAAGCUAAUGAAGAGAAUUGCCAAGUUUAAACUUGCUAUAAACUAUGAUUUUGUCCAAAUGGUUGAUCAAAAAUACUUUGUCUCCAACAAGCACAGAGGCAGUUUCUCAGAGGCUGUAGUGUUUUGCAGCCAACGUGGUUUAGAGCUGGCGUUGCCACAGAACGAGGAGGAGAACAACGCACUGACUCAAGUUCAUGGCAAAUUCAGAGCCAAAGCCUGGAUCAAUGUGAACAAUAAAAAAGCUGAGGGGGAGUUUAAAACUGACAUGAAAAAUCGACCUCUGACCUUUAACAAUUGGGGAAAAGGGCAGCCAGACAAAUCCAUUGAGGAUACAGGCUGCACAAUGCUGUCAGAAAACGGUUCCUGGCAAGUGACACAUGAAUGUUCUCUCAAUGUCCACAUCAUUUGUCAGUUAUAGAAAUGUCUCAUGAAAAGAACUACAACACCGCCCCCCCCCAAAACAAACAAACAAAAAUCCCACAUUUAUGUGUUUAUGUGUAUUUUCAGCUUUGCAUGCUUAAUCUAACUCUGUUUCAGCCUCUUGUGUGUGAUGGCAACCAAAGAUUAUGUAAUGCCAAAAGUGACACAGCAAUGAAAUAAGAUCAAAAUGAUCCUCAUGUUCCUUAUUUAGACAUGAUACCUUUAUGUUUAAUUUACAUCAGUUCAUCUAAAUCAUCUGUUAAUGCAGGGUCUCUCAACAUUAGAAAAACUACUUCAUGGGCUAAAUUUUUCAACUUUCGUUUUACAAAAUAUUUAUUUUUGCCUAAGCAUAUUCAUAAAUACACUAUAUUGCUAAAAGUAUUCCCUCACCCAUCCAAAUCAGUGGAUUAAGGUGUUUCAAUCACUUCCAUGGCAACGAGUGUAUAAAGUCAGGCAGCUAUGCUGUAGACUGCUUAUACAAACAAUUAUGAAAGAAUGGGUUGCUCUCAGGAGCUCAGCGAAUUCCAGUGAU